AUUUGAUCCAGCACAUUGUAUCAAUGUCGCAAAAAUUAACAAAAUCUUCGAAAUGGUCUGUUUGAUAUUUUGUUGUUUUCCUGGCGAGGUUCUUGUCACCACGAAAUUUGGAGGAGUUAAGAGGUUGGACCAGUUAAAACGAGGUGACGAGAUUUUGACCCUUCCGAAAAGAGGUGGGGUUCCGAAGUAUACCCAAUUUUACACGUGGGGCCACCGAGAAGUGGACAGAACGACGGAAUUCGUCGUGAUUAGGACGAACACGGGAAAAAUGCUGAAAAUUACUGGAGAUCAUUUGCUCUUUGUGGAGGGAAGGGUCGCCAUGAAGGCGGAAAUGGUUAAGAAAGGCGACAAAAUUUGCACAAUUUCUCCUGACGCAACCUUGGUUGAAGAACUCGUCGUGGACAUUUCGACGGAAACGCUGACCGGAAUCUACGCCCCAUUCACGAUGAGCGGUGAUUUCAUCGCGAACGGAUUCUUGGUCGGGUGCUAUUCGAACAUUGACAAUUUCCAGGUAGCCCAUGCAAGCGUACUUCCUUUACGGAUUUUCCAUAAAGUAGACAAAUCUUGGAAAAAGCAGCAGCAUGCAAAUUAUUCAGAGGAACAAGACGGACUUCAUAAUUAUGUCAAAAAUGUAUUCCAAAUUUGGGAAAAUUUGCCAACCCGAGUUCAAGCAGCUAUUCAGAAAUGAGAAGAUAAGAAAAACUCGGUUUUAAAUGGCAUAAUCUCGCUUAACCACCUCUAUUAUAUAUUUGGUACCUGUUUUUCAAACUGAACGCUAAAAAGUAGAUAAUAAGUUAUAAUUCCAUCAAAUUUUAAAGCAUGCAAUGCAAAUUUCUCGAAAAUUGAAUUGUUUAAUAAACAUGUAAUAAAAUUAUUUGUAGAUUUUUAUGAUAUAUCAUAUCAUAA